CAAACGAUGGAAUAGUCUACUCUAAAUUCAUUUAAAAUACGAGGAGGGGGAUUUGAACUUUGGUGCAACUGGGUUUUGAUUGAAUACACUUACUGAAUGUUGUGUGAUAACCUGUUUCUGUGUUGUGAUUAAGCAGAAAGUGAGAUAGUUAAAAUGUUCCAGUUGCCUAGAGCAGCAUCUGGGGAAGAGCGAAACUUUCCCAUGAAGUAGAAACAUGUCAAGGAAAGACCCUUCAGUUUCACAAAGAUUUUGAAACUUUUCAAGUGGGGACCUGAUGCAGAAAAGGCGCUGGAAGUUCUGAAGCUCAGAGUGGAUCAUCGAUUGGUUCUUGCGGUCCUCCAGAUUGAUGUGGAAGUGAAUGUUAAGGUUCGGUUUUUCAAGUGGGCUGGGAAGAGAAGGGGUGUCCGCCUACUGUUUUUACUUAUACGGAAGUGAAAGAGAAGGGGUGUCCACCUUAAGCCUAGCUCAGGAUAUGAAAGAGAAGGGGUGUCCGCCUACUGUUUUUAUUUAUACGGAAGUGAUAAAGGGGCUGGGCAGAGUGGGGAGGGUAGGCGAUGCUUAUGCUAUAUACAAAAACCUUCUGAGAGAAGGGUUGAAGCCUGAUGUUGUGCUCAUGAACAAUUUGAUAAACAGUUUGGGAAAGGAAGGUCGUAUAGAAGAUGCUAUUAAGAUUUUCAACGAGAUGUCAUCUUUGCAUUGCACACCUAAUGUGGUGACUUAUAACACUGUAAUCAAAGCAUUAUUUGAAUCCAGAGCUCCAGCUUCGGAGGCAGCUACAUGGUUUGAGAAGAUGAAGGUUAAUAGCAUUGCUCCCAGUUCGUUUACCUAUUCAAUUCUUAUUGACGAUUUUUGCAAAACAAAUAGAGUUGAGAACGCGUUUUUGCUUCUCGAAGAGAUGGCUGAGAAGGGUUUUCCUCCUUGUCCAGCUGCCUAUUGCAGCCUGAUCAACAGUCUUGGAAAAGCAAAGCGGUAUGAAGGUGCAAAUGAGUUAUUCCAACAAUUGAACGAAAACUGUGGUCGUUCAAGUGCUAGGGUGUAUGGUGUGAUGAUUAAACAUUUUGGGAAAUGUGGGCGUCUGAUGGAUCUUUUUCACGAGGUGAAGAAAAUCGGAUGCACUCCAGACGUGUAUGCUUAUAAUGCACUCAUGUCAGGGAUGAUGAGGGCUGAUAUGACAGAUGAAGCACAUUCCUUGCUUGCAGUCAUGGAAGAAAACAGCUGCAUUCCCGACCUAAACUCACAUAAUAACAUUAACGGCAUGGCUAGGACGGGUGGCCCAAAUCAGGCUUUGGAAAUGUUUGCCAAAACGAAGCAUUCUAAGAUCGAACCGGAUGCGGUUACUUAUAACACUAUUCUUGGUCGUCUAAGCCGAGCUGGUUUGCUUGAAGAGGCUGCAAAGCUGAUGAGGGAUUCGAAAGGAUUUGAAUAUGAUCUCAUUACUAGUAGCGACUUUCAUAAAAGGAGCGGGUAACAUACAAAAUAAGUGCAGAAAAUUUCAUUUCGGUAAUUUUAGCUUUUCUAGUAGCGACUUUCUUAAGAGGAGCAGGUAAAUUAUAUUUUUAGAGGGAGGCCACGUCGCAAAACCCCACGUCCGUUUAGAUUUUCCCAGAGCUCCAUCUGCCAAGUAUAUAUAGCUUCUUGAUUGAC